UGCGCUGAGAUAUAACUUUUUCGAAAACCCGAACCCUCUGCUGCCAGCGAGUGCUAAAUUUUAUAUUAUAUUAUAUUAUCACAAUAUUUGAGGCAUCACACUCCGGCGGACAGCAUUGCCGCAGGUCGGUCGCUUCGGGCGCGGCGCACAGUGUUUGGAAAGUGCGUACAAGUGCGGGUGGGCCAGUGGGUCGGAUGGAAGUCAUGCACUUCUCACGUGUGUGGCAAUCGACGAGUCGGAUGAGUGUAUCCUUUUUUGGUGGUAGUGAUGUGACUGUUGUUGAUGUGAUCAAUUGUGAUGUUGGGCAGUGUUUUACAACGUUUGGCAUUAGCUAACUAUGGCAAGCCGGGAUGUUUGUCCGUGGUGCAAUGAUGAGUUGCUUUGUGUGCGGCUGCUGUCUAGAUGUCGCUCGAGCGAUAGAGAGCCGUUACCGGGGCGGCGUUUUAUUCUGCGAUGUGAAUCGAAAUUUAUGGCCAUGUCAUAUAACUCAGUUCUACGAAGCCCGCGUCCCGUCUCCGUCGCUUAACAGCGCGCGCCACGUCGUGUAAGUGUAAGUACAGGAUUGUCGAGGUGUCUGCUCGUUCGCUGGCAAUUGUUGUGCGAUCAUGUGACGAGAUCUGAGGUGCGCUGCUGUCGCAAUGCUGACGUGGAGUAUGCCUUACGCCGCAGAACAACUGCCUCGGUGUACCGGUGGAUGUCUGCGACUCCAAACGACCUGUUCCGAGCAGCGGAGUGUUUUAUCAGGUGGGCCGCUCCCUGUACCGAGGAAGGUGUUCGAUUGAUAGCUCCGCUUCUUACGUACCCUGGCCCGGCACGGCUACCCUUCCCUUAUCAACCGGGUGCUUCCAAUCAAGGCGAUGUGCACACACAAAAUGGAGUAGCUUGUGCCGAGUCAUGGCCGCAGGAACGCUUUGCUUCGGGCACCACGAUGAAAUCCCAUCGAUAACUCUUUACUACAUGCCCACCGCUCCAGUUGGGUGUUGGUGAGGAGGAGGAACAACGAAAAAAAGCAAACGCGGGCACCAUGUACGUACGCGGAGUUUGGGCACACCGGUGAGGCGGCUGCCUAGGGACGGUCAUCCUGGAGACCUGGUUUGAGAGCACGAUUUGCGGGCGAUGGAAGCGACGAACGAGCCCAAGGGAGAGGACCAGACGCCCAGUUCGGAAGUGACGUCCAGCGUGCAUCAGCCAGUUGCUCAUCAGCCGGUAAGCGUGUCACAAGCAUCGCAUACCCUCACCGACGUACCGGUGGAUGGGAUGAUUGUGAACUCGGAACUACACACGGAACGCAGCUCGCCCGGCCAGCAGACGGCGGUGAUCAUCAACCAGCACAAGCAGCGCAUGAUCACGACCACGGGCCAGAUAAGGGAAAUCGCAGAAGGACAGGAACCACCGAACGAGUCAUCGGAUUACGAUGCGGUCGAGUACCAUCACCAAGCGGUACAGUCGGCGGGCGGUGUGGAGCAGCACGGGUAUAGCUACGAGCCGACGCAUACCACCAGCCAGGAGCAUCAGCAGGGUGUGGUGGUAAGCUCGGCCGCUACCGCCGUUCAAGCCUCAAGCGUACAGGUCGUCAAGCGGGAGAUGAUCGAAAAGGAAGCGGCUUUAGCGGCGGCCACAGCAGCAGCCAACAACAAUAACAACAACCCGCCAGAAACUACCAUCAUACCGGUGCAGACGCAAACCAUCUUCGUGGAGUACAAGAACGACGGCGAGGAACCGGUGCGGUACGUGAACCGGUACGAGGACGUCAAGUACCAUCCGCACUCGCGGUACAUCUAUCAGCAGCCGCCCGGCGGACUGCCGCUCUCGUCAACUCUACAUUCCACCGGCUCGGGACAUCCACAUUUGUCGCACCAUCCGCACCAUGCCCACCAUCACCAUCAUCCGCACCACGGCCAUGGGAUGGUGCCGGGACAUCAAACCCAUCACCACGUACACGCACAGUCGGCACAGGUACAUCAGACGAUAGAAGCGGUUUCCCAGCAUCCGUCGAGUGUCGCGGUGGCCACCCAGUCCGGCACGACGAUUCAGGUGCAGGCCCAGCCGCACCAGCAAACCAUACAGGUGUACGAAACGCACGAGCCCGGCUCCGGACCGGGCGGUGAGCAGGUGCAGCAGGUCGCCGAAGGGACGGUCGAUGCGAAGACGCACUACACCAACCUGGAACCGGUGCACACGCUCGCCUCGCCCCAGAACUACUACAUCGCGUCGGACGGGUACGCGACCGGCAACUACACCACGUUUCUGCCCCAGAAAGAGACGAUCUACUACCAUUCGCCGAGCCCGAACCCGGUCCUGUACAAGGGCGAUCCGACGCUUACCUCGUCGUCGAUCAUCACCAAGCAGAUACACUACACGCCGUCGCUGCCGGGCACGCAGAACAUGUACGAAAAUGCGACCGGGCACAGCAGUAGCUCGCCCGGUGCGCAACAGAUCUAUCCGGGCUACUGGAAUGGAGCGGGCGUAGACUACAACACUAACUUUACCGGCACGAUCGUGAUGGACAAUGCGGGCGGCAAUGUGGGGGAGUACGCGACGAACGGGCAGCAUAGCUGGCAGAUCAGCUCGCUGAACGAUGCGUACGAUCCGCAGCUGGCAGCGCCACCGGAACACCGUGAAUGCGUCAACUGUGGCAGCUCCGACACACCGCUCUGGCGGCGGGACAUCGUCGGUCACACGCUGUGCAAUGCGUGCGCCCUGUACACGAGACAGAAUCCGGGCACGAACCGACCGCCCAACCGGUCGCAGAAAGCCAAACAAACUGUGAAAACACCACCCGCCCAAGGAAACCGCCGUUCGGGCGUGACCUGCGCCAACUGUCAAACCACCACGACCACGCUGUGGCGCCGGAACAAUCAGGGCGAUCCGGUGUGCAAUGCGUGCGGGCUGUACUACAAACUGCACAGCGUCAACCGCCCGCUCACGAUGAAGAAGGACGGCAUCCAGACGCGCAAGCGCAAACCAAAAUCUAGUCAACAGAUUCAACCGAUGAACGGGCUUACGACGGGCAAGCUGCUACCUUCGAUGAUACCGUCCCAGUAUCACUCGAUCGCGACCGAACCAAAGCUACUGAACGCGCCUCAGUCCCAUCUGGUGCAGACGUCCCAGCCGAUGGAGCUGCACAACAGCUCGCCGGGGCAGGACCCGCGGUACGUGGACAGCUCACCCGGAGCACCUGGUGGAGGCGGUGGCAGUGGCAGUGGUAGUGGUGGUGGUGGUGGUGGUAACUCGUCCCCGCAUCUUCCGCCCGUUCAGGGUAAUCUAGCACGCCACAUACCAAUAUCUGUACCAGUGUCGAUGGAUAGCAGCCGUGGUGCGAAUGGAGAGAUUACGAGCGUCAUUACCAGUACGGCGGUGGCCGAGCGGUCGGGAAAUUAGGUGUGCAAGGUCAAUGAAAAUCGACCUCUAGUGGAGUUACUUCAGGUGGCAGUCGAAAGAAGUGUCAUGUCCGUGUCGUCGUGUGCCAAAUACAAACUAGAGUUAAGCGAACGCCUAGGAAAUAGCAGUAGAAAGGUAAACACUAGCUACAUUUCAAACGCACUGUACAGACGGUUAGAUAGCGAGCUUGGGGAAGACUGUGUGUGGAAGUAUUCUUAUUAAUAAAGUAAAACAAAACAAAGUCGUACUUAAAA